AUGGCUCCAGAUAAGCCAGUCAUCUUGCUCGUCCAUGGCGCCUUCUACCAGCCGGUACAUUACGAAGAAGUGUUGCAAAAUCUGACAGAAAAGGGGUAUACAGUCGCGGCCCCAGCGCUGCCGACAACGGGGACAAACCCCGACCUCACAUACGCGGACGACGUCGAAGUCAUCAAUGACACCCUGCACUCUUUUCUAGACGACGGCCGAGAAGUCAUCGUGGUGGCCCACAGCUCAGGUGCUCUUCCUGCAAGUCACUGUAUUGAAGGCGAAUCAGUGGCUGAGAGGGCAGAGUGUGGGCUAAAGGGCGGCAUUCGACAUUAUAUCAACGUCUGCGGGUUGGCGUAUCCGAGACGUGAAAGGAAUUUCUUGGGGAAUGACGAUGAGUCACCGUUGCAGGAAUAUCAUCAAGUCGAAGACGGCAUAAUACACCUCCUUGACAAUGCGAAGCUGACGCUGUACAAUGACUUACCAUCAGAGCAAAUCGAGAAGAUAUGGCCUACUAUGAUAAAGACACAUAGUUUGAUGAACUGGAAUAGUUGUCCAAAAUUUAUUGACCAGGAGAUGACAGUCCCCAAGACUUAUAUCUUUUGCGAACAUGAUAUCGCACUCCCUACAGAGUACCAGGCCUACUUCGUAGGCGUGGGAGGAUACGAGGACGUCAUAAGAAUCCAAUCGGGUCAUUCACCAUUCCUGAAAAUGCCAGAGAGGAUGCUUGAGAUCAUUUCUGAAAUCGCAGAGAGAACUUGA